GGCAGGGUACACACUGGACAGGCUGCCAGUCUAUCGCAGCAGAAAUGGGUCGUUUUCACAAUAUUUUUCGGAUAAAAAUAUUCGCGACACUUCUCACAAAACGAGCUCCAAUAAGUGCCGUAAAUUGUGGGCUUGUGCGCAUGCGCGCCUCACGAAUGGGUAAACAUUGACGAUACCCACAUGGUGGUUGAGAAGUGAGUUAAAUCAGAUAAAUAGAGCUACUAAGAGCGAUAAAACAGCGGAAUGAAGGACACACCACUGUCCAACUGUGAGAGAGACUUCUUGCUGAAAGCCAUCGAAGAGAAAAAGCGGAUCGAUGGACGGCAGACGUAUGACUACAGGAAGAUAAAGAUCAGUUUCGGGACUGAUUAUGGAUGCUGCUUUGUGGAUCUGGGACAAACCAGGGUCAUGGCCCAGGUGUCGUGUGAGCUGGUGUCCCCUAAAGAGAAUCGCCCAAAUGAGGGCAUCAUGUUCUUCAGCAUUGAACUAUCACCUAUGGCUUCGCCAGCGUUUGAGCAGGGAAGACAGUCUGAGCUGUCGGUGAAGCUGAACAGGCAGCUGGAGAGAUGCCUGAGAAACUCCAAGUGCAUUGAUACAGAGUCCCUGUGUGUGGUGUCUGGAGAAAAGGUGUGGCAGAUCAGAGUGGACGUCCACAUGCUGAAUAAUGACGGGAACCUGAUGGACGCUGCCAGCAUCGCUGCCAUCACAGCUCUGUGCCACUUCAGACGCCCAGAUGUCGGCAUCCAGGGAGAGGAAGUGAUGGUGUACAGCUCGGAGGAGAGAGACCCCAUUCCCCUGAGUAUCUACCACAUGCCCAUCAGUGUCAGCUUUGCCUUCUUCCAACAAGGAACGUAUCUGCUGGUGGAUCCAUGCGAGCGGGAGGAACGAGUGAUGGACGGCUUGCUGAUGAUCGCCAUGAACAAACACAGAGAGAUCUGCUCCAUCCAGUCCAGCGGCGGCAUCAUGUUGCUUAAAGAGCAGGUUAUGAGAUGCAGUAAAAUAGCCAGCGUCAAGGUGUCAGAAAUCACAGAGCUCAUCAGCAGAGCCCUGUCCAACGACAAGGCUGCCAGGAAGGCAGGUGGACGGUGUGGUUUUGCAGAGUCCAUGCCUCAGGAGAGGAUCACAGCUCUGAAAAUGGACGAAACGGUGGUGGAGAUGACAGAUGUGACUGAAACAGCUGGUGGAAUCAUCCAGAAAGCUGAAGCUCCAGCUGCCAUGGUACCAUCCCCAGUGGUGCCUGCCCCCGGUGUAGGCCAGGUAGGCCAGGGUCAGCAAAGCACCUGGGGCUUGGAGGAUGAUGAGGAUGAAGAAGAGGAGGAAUACAGUGGUGAUGAGAAAAUGGAAGAAGUGACAAAGAGGGAGGAAGAACACUAUCCAGAAGAUAAGACCAAAACAGUGGACGUAGUGGAGUUAUCAGACAGCGAGGAGGACGAGGUGGUUAUACUUCAUUCAGAGACAGCAGAGACAGCAAAAAAUACAGGGUUGAAAUCCCACCAGAAGGGGGCAGCAACAUCCAAGAAAAUGGAUAAAAAAUGACAGAGAUCCAGUAAACAGCAGCUGUAAAGAGUGAAAGAAAACCUGUAAAUGAAUAAAUCAAUUAAAUAUUUUUUCUACGA